AUGUCGAUGAAUAAUGAAACCCCUCCGUCAUAUCAGGUCAAUGAGUAUGUGUGGAACCCCGAAAGAUGGGAUUCCGAAGAUUGGGAAUCAGCUCCAAUAUCAACCACGCGAAAAUUAAGCAUCUGGGAGCAAAACCAUCCCAUUGUAUUCGAUUUACCAGAACUCAGUCAAACCAUUACACGCAUUGCACUCGCCCCUCUCCAUUCAGAUAACAAAGACAAGAUCUACUUCGGAAAUACCAAGACAAGCACAAUCAAGCGCAGUCUCAAACAGGGCUUCAAGAGCGGCCUCAAAAGACGUGCUGAGCAUGGAUUCAAGACAGACUUCGUGACUACCUUCAAGAACCAUCUUCAGGGCAACGGAAAGACCGAUUCCGUUGAUCAUCACUACGUAACAAGCAAUCCUAUAGAUCUUCUCAAUGUACGAGAGGAAAGAUUGGGGAGAGAAAUCAUGGAGGCAUGGGUUCUGGAUGGUAUGAAUCCCAGCCCAGUCAAUCGGAUCAGCAGAUCAAAGUUUUGGGCUGUAAAAUAUAUGAUAAAGAUGCGCACUAUGAAGGGCGCGUCCUGCGAGUAUAAACCUUAG